AUGCUUCCGGAGAUGCCGCGUAACUACAACGCUGAUGUGGGAACACGCCUUUACCGUGACGACGACAACACACCCGUAUCCCGCGAGGAGUUUAAUCGCAUUGUUCGUGCGCACGAGGAAACACUUGCAGCGUUGGCUCAACUUGAGACCGUCCUGCUUGCAAAGAUUGAGCACGAGAAAUCCCAGGAGAAGGCUCGUAAGCGGAAGCGGGGACGAGUAAAUGAGGCGCGCGAUGCACGCGUGGCAGAGGCGAGUGAUCUCGCGCUAUCCGACGACGAGGACAACGAUCGGGCACCUAAUGCGCGCCACAAGAAGACUGCCAAAUCGGCGAUUCUGCAGAAGGCGCUGGAAGUGCUCCCGGCCGACAAACCCUGGAAGAACAUUUGCGAGCAGGUGCGCGUUCACAUGUUCUUCGAGCGGAGGAACGAGAGGAUGACGUUCUACCCCAGCAGUGAGGAGAAGACCGCGGGGGUGUGCGCAGUGGUAGACAAUCUCCCGAAAUCGUACGCCGCACUGGCUCUUGCAGCAUGCAAAGCCCGUCGGGCCGAUCUUAAUCGGUCUCUGAGCGAUUGGAAGACGGCGGCCGCUGGCCGGGUGCGUGACAUCGCGCCGCCGCGAAUUGGGCUUUUUCGGGAUGAACGGGACGCGCAAAGCCCGUGGGCAACUGCAAAGGCUCGACCCCUUGCGAAGGUUCGAACUCGUACUGGGCUUGACGCCAGUUUCGGCGAUAAGGUCGUGCUGUCAAGGUGGUCGCACGACCGUAGGGGCAUGCCGUUUGCCUCGGGAGCAUUCACUGCGUGUGCACGCACGGUUUUCAAGCCCAAGAUGUUGAACGGCACCAUCACCCUGAAGCUCUACCAUCUCGCGUGGAUCGAGCAUGUGGUGACUGACGCGAUUAUCAACUGGGAGCAGCGCAAGGGCUGCCUGUCCAAUUCGGCCUCACGCAACGCCCACAUGGUGAAAGGGCUGCAGACCUUGGUGUUUGAUGCUAUUGUGGCGGCCAUUGACAAGUACAACCCGCCAUACGACCCGGAUACUAAGACGUUCGAAUGGGGCCGUCAUGGGCUCCGCCUGUCAACGUGCGGCCUGGAAGAGACACUUCCAGAGGCGUCAGGCGACGAGGAAAGCGAGAGAUCCGUAGACGAGGUCUCAGUAUCGCACGGGAAUUCAAAAAUGGACGAGCAGUAG